AUGACCUUAGCUGCUACUAUGGCAUAUAUCUUGAUGUCACUUUUCAUACUAAUAUUCACCGUCGAUGUUAAGACAAUUCCAGUCCAAACACAAGAGUUUCACACUUCUAGCGCACCGUCAGAAGAAAAUAGCACUGGUAUUUACUCUUUGACAACAACGGAUUCCACCGGAGCCGAAAAAAAUUAUUAUCUCAAUAUGUCAAAUUACGAAGAAGUAACGCACAAUCCACCUGUCGUCGAUGGUUCGACACUUAGUUCUUCAUGGUUCACGCUUCCGGUUGAAACACUCGUAUCCAACAAUACUUCUGGCCCACCAUCAGAAGAGAAUAAAAAAAGUACUGAUGUACACCCUUUGACGAUGAUGUUGACCACAACCGAUUCCAUCGAAAUCGAAAAUGAUUCUCACAAUAUGUCCAACAACGAAAAAGUGACGCACGAUCCACCAGAAGGUGUCGAUGGUUCGACACUUAUUCCUUCAUGGUUCACGCUUCCGGUUAAAGCGCACGUAUCCAACCAUACUUCUGACCCACCGUCAGCAGAGAAUAGCACUAAUGUUUAUCCUUCAUCGACGACAAUAUCGACAUUAGAUUCCGUUGAAGCCAGUAAAAAUGUUCCUAUUGUUGCGCCCAGUGACGUAGAAGUUUUCGUGACGCACAACUUAUCGGACCUCGAUUGUUCAAAUAUUUCUCAUAUGUACACAUUUACUGUCAAAACACCCAUGUACAACACGACUGAUGGAUCGUUUACAGAAAAUAGCACUUAUACAUACCCUUCGGAGAUUAUUUUGACGACCACAACCGAUUCCACCGAUACAGAACAUGCUCCUUUUAAUAUGUCCAACUACAAAGAUGUGUGUGGAAGGCAACUUAUCCCAAUGUCUAGAAUAGUCGGAGGUGAUAAAGCUUCUUUCGGUGAGUGGCCGUGGCAAAUUUCAUUAAGACAUAAAAAUACGUAUAAACACAAAUGUGGGGCAGUAUUAAUCAAUGAUAACUGGGCUAUAACUACUGCUCAUUGUGUUAGAAACGUUUCAAUGAAUGACAUACAUCUCGUCCUCGGUAAAUACGAUUUUUCAGUAAUAGAUGAACCUUAUGGUUUCCUAAUUAGGAAAUUGCAGACAGUCAUUAUACAUCCAAAUUACAAUACCUAUGCUAUGGAACAUGACUUGGCACUGUUGCGAUUUGAUGAACCUGUCAUAUUUCAACCGAACAUUCUACCUGUUUGCAUUCCAGAGGAUGAUUCAAAUUUUGUAGGAUAUUCUGCUCACAUCACUGGAUGGGGUGCUUUGUAUUAUGGUGGACUCUCGACUGUUGCGCUACAAGGAGCAACGGUUUCAGUGCUCAACAAUUCCGUUUGCGAAAAUAUGUUCCGCUCGGCCGGAUAUAUAAAGAAGAUACCGGACACAUUUAUCUGUGCGGGUUCCAUAGAUGGUGGUUACGAUGCUUGCAAAGGCGACUCGGGUGGGCCCAUGGUUGUACAGAGACCCGACAAUCGCUGGGUAGUGGCCGGUAUCAUAGCGUGGGGCAUGCGAUGUGGGGAACCAAAUAGCCCUGGAGUGUACAUGAGGAUCUCAAAGUUCAAAGACUGGAUCAAUAAAAUAAUAUCGCAAUCAAUACAAGGCGAACGCUCGACAUAUAACGUCACAUCGAUUAGGUAUCUUUAG